AUGACGAAUUGGUUGUCGAGAGAAAUUCGACAUCUUCUACCAACGUUUGAUUUACAUGCUGUUCGCACGGUGCUGGUGUCAUUUGAUCCAUGGAGACUCGAUUCGCGACCGACAAGAGAUUUUCUACACAUUAUAACAGAUGAUUCUGUUGCUAAACAUUAUCCGAAGAUGUUUGUUAAACCAACAAUCAAAUCGGAUAUGUCAGAACCAGUUAUUACUGUUGAAUUCAUUGAUUCAUCCAAAGCGAUUUUCAAGGCGUCCAAAUUAACGACACUAGACAUAUUUACUAAAUUAAAACCGCUAUGUAUCGCUAAAGCUCCACCUCCUUAA